AUGUAUGAUCAGAGUAGUCUUAUGAGUGAAACAAAGGUCACUGGUGCACUGAAGUCGGAGGAGUCUGAAAAUGUCACAAAGGUCACUGGUGCACUGAAGUCGGAGGAGUCUGAAAAUGUCACAAAGGUCACUGGUGCACUGAAGUCGGAGGAAUCUGAAAAUGUCACAAAGGUCACUGGUGCACUGAAGCCGGAGGAAUCUGAAAAUGUGACAAAGGUCACUGGUGCACUGAAGCCCGAGGAAUCUGAAAAUGUCACAAAGGUCACUGAUGCACUGAAGUCGGAGGAAUCUGAAAAUGUCACAAAGGUCACUGGUGCACCGGAGUCAGAGGAAUCUGAAAAUGUCACAAAGGUCACUGGUGCACCGGAGUCAGAGGAAUCUGAAAAUGUCACAAAGGUCACUGGUGCACUGAAGUCGGAGGAAUCUGAAAAUGUCACAAAGGUCACUGGUGCACUGAAGUCGGAGGAAUCUGAAAAUGUCACAAAGGUCACUGGUGCACUGAAGUCGGAGGAAUCUGAAAAUGUCACAAAGGUCACUGGUGCACCGGAGUCGGAGGAAUCUGAAAAUGUCACAAAGGUCACUGGUGCACUGAAGUCGGAGGAAUCUGAAAAUGUCACAAAGGUCACUGGUGCACUGAAGUCGGAGGAAUCUGAAAAUGUCACAAAGGUCACUGGUGCACUGAAGCCGGAGGAAUCUGAAAAUGUCACAAAGGUCACUGGUGCACUGAAGCCGGAGGAAUCUGAAAAUGUCACAAAGGUCACUGGUGCACUGAAGUCGGAGGAAUCUGAAAAUGUCACAAAGGUCACUGGUGCACUGAAGUCGGAGGAAUCUGAAAAUGUCACAAAGGUCACUGGUGCACUGAAGUCGGAGGAAUCUGAAAAUGUCACAAAGGUCACUGGUGCACUGAAGUCGGAGGAAUCUGAAAAUGUCACAAAGGUCACUGGUGCACUGAAGUCGGAGGAAUCUGAAAAUGUCACAAAGGUCACUGGUGCACUGAAGCCGAAGGAAUCUGAAAAUGUCACAAAGGUCACUGGUGCACUGAAGUCGGAGGAAUCUGAAAAUGUCACAAAGUAUACAGGUACACUGAAGUCGGAGGAAUCUGAAAAUGUCACAAAGGUCACUGGUGCACUGAAGUCGGAGGAAUCUGAAAAUGUCACAAAGGUCACUGGUGCACUGAAGUCGGAGGAAUCUGAAAAUGUCACAAAGGUCACUGGUGCACUGAAGCCGGAGGAAUCUGAAAAUGUCACAAAGGAUACAGGUACACUGAAGACAGAGGAAUCUGAAAAUGUCACAAAGGUCACUGGUGCACUGAAGUCGGAGGAAUCUGAAAAUGUCACUGGUACACUGAAGCCGGAGGAAUCUGAAAAUGUCACAAAGGAUACAGUCACUAGUACACUGAAGUCAGAUGAAUCUGAAAAGGUCACUGGUACACUGAAGUCAGAGGAAUCUGAAAAUGUCACAAAGUUCACUGGUAUACCGGAGUCAGAGGAAUCUGAAAAUGUCACAAAGGUCACUGGCACACUGAAGUCAGAAGAAUCUGAAAAUGUCACAAAGUUCACUGGUAUACUGAAGUCAGAUGAAUCUGAAAAGGUCACUGGUACACUGAAGUCAGAUGAAUCUGAAAAAGUCACAAAGGUCACUGGCACAGUGAAGUCAGAUGAAUCUGAAAAUGUCACAAAGGUCACUGGUACACUGAAGUCAGAUGAAUCGGAAAAUGUCACAAAGGUCACUGGUACAGUGAAGUCAGAGGAAUCGGAAAAUGUCACAAAGGUCACUGGUAUACCGGAGUCAGAGGAAUCUGAAAAUGUCACAAAGGUCACUGGCACACUGAAGUCAGAUGAAUCUGAAAAUGUCACAAAGUUCACUGGUAUACUGAAGUCAGAUGAAUCUGAAAAGGUCACUGGUACACUGAAGUCAGAUGAAUCUGAAAAAGUCACAAAGGUCACUGGCACAGUGAAGUCAGAUGAAUCUGAAAAGGUCACAAAGGUCACUGGUACACUGAAGUCAGAGGAAUCGGAAAAUGUUACAAAGGUCACUGGUACAGUGAAGUCAGAUGAAUCGGAAAAUGUCACAAAGGUCACUGGUAUACCGGAGUAA